AUGAGGUCGUCAAACAGCCGCCCCUCCAGGAUCUCCAAAAACCCAUUCAUCUCCAAAGUGGAACUGACCACAGCGCAGAAAGUACAGAUUGGAUUGAUGUCUGUCACAGUCUUCCCAGUGCGGCUUCUGCUUGGAUUGUUUUUCAUGAUGGUGGCUUGGGCCUUCUGUUAUCUGGGCUCAUUAGAGGGUUCAGAAUUGAAGGUCGAGAAAAAGACAUUGCGGAAAAGAAUUUUGGAUGUUUGCGUUCGAUUAUCAAUGCGAACUCUGUGGUUUUGUUGUGGGUUCCAUUGGCUGAAAGUGAAGGGUAAAAUGGCAGACGUCUCUGAAGCACCUAUCCUGGUUGUGGCACCACACUCUGCUUUCUUUGACGCCAUUCCUGUCUCCGAAACUCUGUGCACAUUUGUCACAAAGGAAUCAGGAAAGAAUGUUCCUGUCUGGGGAACGAUAAUCCAGUAUGUCAAACCUGUGUAUGUGUCCCGUGCUGACCAGGACUCCAGGAAAAGGACUGUGGAGGAGAUCAAACGCAGAGUCACUUCUGGAGAACCGUGGCCUCAGGUUAUGGUUUUUCCAGAGGGGACGUGCACAAACAGGGCAGGACUUAUCUCAUUCAAAGCAGGUGCCUUCAUCCCGGGACUUCCUGUUCAGCCAGUUGUUCUGCGAUAUCCCAACAAACUGGAUACCGUUACAUGGACAUGGCAAGGUCCUGGAGGGUUGAAAAUCCUCUGGCUUACAUUAUGUCAGCUGCAUAAUGCGUUUGAGAUUGAGUAUUUGCCUGUGUACACACCAUCACAAGAAGAAAAGGAAAACCCAGCUCUUUUUGCCAAUAACGUCCGGAUGCUGAUGGCAAAAGCUUUGGACGCGCCGCCCAUUGACUUGUAUUUUGACGAUCGGGAAGUCAUCAUGUCCAGUGGUCCGUUGGGGAUCUUCGACUUCAGUGGCCUGUUGGAGUUCAACCAGCUGGUGUACCGCCUCAGACUGAAAUCUGCCACCAACGCCUCCUCAUUGGAAGAUCAGGCUGCGAAGGCCUGCAAGCUCAAGGGACAACUGUUGAAUGUGGAAGACUUUGCUCAGUGCCUGAAUCUACCUCUGAGCGACAUACUCCGACAAGUGCACCGCAUGUUUGAUCAGGAAAAUAAUGGCCGCAUUGACUACAGGCAUUUUGUAAUCGCUCUGUCGACGGUGUAUCAGCCCACUAAGCCUAAGGACAACCUCAGACUGGCUUUCAAGAUGUACCAGAAUGAUGAAGACGGAAGCGUGACAAAAGAGCACCUGGCCACCAUCUUGGAAAUAAUGAUGGGAGUGGAGAAUAUAGAAUUAAGUGGACUAUUUCUGUCUCUGGAGGAAGAUUCUGGGAAGAUCACCUAUGAUAGGUUGUGCGAGUUUGUCGACGAACAUCCAGAUUUUAUGUACAACUACAUUCGGUUCAAGGACCACCCAAGAACGUUUUCCUCUGGUCGGAAAAAGCACUCUGACAAUGACGAUAAGAAAACACAAUAA